AUGCAUCGCCUCCUACUCCUCUCAAUAAUCAUCGCGAUUGCAGCCCCACUGGCGGGAUCCGUCCCAACCGAAGCCCGGGGUCACAACCCGAAGCAAGUAUACAAAACAACGGACAAGUUCCCCCUCGCAAACCCAGGAAACAUUCCAGCCCACGACCCAAACAUCAUCCUGCACAACGACAACUAUUACCUGUUCAAGGGCGGAAUCAACAUCCCAAUCUUCAAAUCAGCCAAUAUAUCCGGUCCAUGGGAAAAGCUCGGCACAGUUCUAGCCGGCGACAGCAUAAUAAACAAAGGCAAUCCCUCCCGACCAUGGGCCCCAACAACAAUUGAAAAAAACGGCACCUUCUACUGUUACUACACGCUGAGCGCAAAGGGGUCCCGCAAUAGCGCAAUCGGCAUCGCGACGACAACAGCCCUUGACGGUAGUCCCUGGACCGACCACGGCGUUGUCAUUAAUACAAGCAAGGGUUUAGGGUCCGCGCUGUGGCCGUACACGAUCACAAACGCCAUCGAUGCAUCUGUGAUCGUUGACCAGGAUUCCGGACAGAGUUAUCUCAAUUACGGAAGCUUUUGGCAUAAUAUAUGGCAGGUGCCGUUGACGGAUGAUUUGCUUUCUGUUAAGGAUGCGAGUGGGCCAGAUGCGGUUCAAUUGACGUUUAUGCCGGGCGCAAAGACCAAGCCCGAGGAGGGUGUUUGGAUGAGUUUCCGGAAGGGAUAUUAUUAUGUUUGGUUUAGUCAUGGGAAUUGUUGUAACUUCCGGAAGGGGUUCCCUAAGCGUGGGAAGGAGUAUAGUAUUCGUGUUGGGAGGUCGAAGAAUGUGCGUGGGCCUUUUGAGGAUAAAAAGGGGAAAUCGUUGGUCGAGGGCGGUGGAACGGUGGUUUAUGGUUCUAAUAAUGGCGUUGUGUACGCGCCUGGUGGCUUGGGUAUUUUGGAUGGGAAGAAUGAUUCCAUGCCGGAUAUUCUUUACUAUCAUUAUUUGAAUACGUCCAUUGGGUUUGAACACAAGCAAGCUCAGCUCGGCUGGAACUAUCUCGACUAUGAGGAUGGGUGGCCGGUGCCUUUUGCAGGCCAAAAUCCCACAGCCAAUGUCGCCUUUGUCCAUGGACCUCCUAGUUGGGGUUAUAUCACAAUCAUUUUCGGUUUAUGGCUGUCCAUAUGCAGGUGA